AGUUGUUGAGAAGACACCCGGACAUUUCACACCGUUGGGAUCUCCAUUUUUCAUCGCUUUUUAAAAAGUCUAAUUAGCUAUUUAAGCUUUUAAUAUUUAUAAAUUAUCUAUUGUACGCUGAAAUCAAGAGACUAUUUACACCGGCCUGGAAUAUCCCUAAAGAAACGCGACUGUUGUCUCUACUCGUCCCUGGGCUAGGCUAAUAUUAGCCUAGCAUUUAGCUCUCGUUGGCUAGCAGCCUCAGUUUUUUGUUAUUUGUUUCAGUAGAAGGCUAGAAAUCUCACCAUUUCAGAUACCGAUAGUUAUCAAGAAAUAUUUUAAGACACUUCUACUAAACAUGGCGGUUGUCAACGAAAGCGCCCUGAAGAAAAUGCUGAAGCAAUACAAAUAUAGAGAUCUUACUGUUCGUGAGAUAACCAAUGUCAUCUCACAAUACAAGGACCUGAAGCCGCUUAUGGAUGCUUAUGUGUUUAAUGAUGGUUCAUCCAGAGACUUGAUGAGCUUGACUGGGACCGUCCCUGUGAGCUACAGAGGCAAUGUCUACAACAUCCCAGUGUGUUUGUGGUUGCUGGACACGUAUCCCUAUAACCCUCCAAUUUGUUUUGUGAAGCCUACCAGUACCAUGAUGAUCAAAACAGGAAAGCACAUUGAUGCCAAUGGCAAAAUUUACCUGCCUUAUCUACAUGAGUGGAAACAUCCUCAGUCAGACCUGUAUGGUCUGAUUCAAGUGAUGAUUGUCGUGUUUGGAGAGGAGCCCCCAGUAUUUUCCCGCCCCACCACGCAACCCCCCUUUCCAAGCUUUCAAGCAGCUGGACCCCCCAACUCUUCCUACAUGCCUGGGAUGCCUGCUGUGUCGCCCUACGGGCCAAAUCCUAAUCCAGGAGGUUACCCAUCUUACCAGUACCCAGCUGCAAACUCUUAUCCUGCCACUGGUGGACCUGCACACUAUCCAAACCAAACUCCAGUCUCCACAGUUGGGCCAACCAGAGAUGGGACUAUUGGUGAAGACACCAUCCGGGCAUCUCUGAUUUCUGCUGUAAGUGACAAACUUCGCUGGAGGAUGAAGGAAGAAAUGGACCGAGCACAGGCAGAAUUGGAUGCCCUGAAGCGGACGGAGGAAGACUUAAAGAAAGGGCAUCAGAAGCUGGAGGAGAUGAUCUCAAGACUUGACCAGGAAGUGACUGAUGUUGACCGGAACAUUGACCUGCUGAAGAAAAAGGACGAGGAAUUAACCGAAGCCCUGGAGAAAAUGGAGAACCAAUCAGAGAACAAUGAUAUAGAUGACGUCAUUGUGCCCACAGCUCCUCUUUACAAGCAGAUCCUGAAUCUGUAUGCGGAAGAAAAUGCUAUUGAAGACACAAUCUUCUACCUGGGAGAGGCCCUUCGCAGAGGUGUCAUUGAUUUGGACGUUUUCCUCAAGCACGUACGUCUACUGUCCAGGAAACAGUUUCAGCUUCGAGCUCUCAUGCAGAAAGCUCGUAAGACGGCCGGCCUCAGUGACCUGUACUGACCCACACUGACAUCCUCGGACACAACCAUAUAUCCACACUCCUAUUCUUCCUCCUGCUGUUUGUUUCCUAUAUACGGUCUUCUUGUAUACCAACCAGCUGCCUUUUUUAAUGAGAAGAAAGCGAGAGAAAAAGCAUUUAUGAAGAAUUCUGUAUUGUCUGAUGUGGCCUCUUUUAUAUUUGGCGCCAUGUUUGGUCACAAACACAGUCCAGAUGAUAAACAAUUACUCUUGAUUAUAUAUAUA